AUGAUGAACGGGAUGCAAGCUCUCGAUUACUGGCAAGAAUACUUCAACCAUCCCAAAGGAGGCCAACUGGGAUUGUUAGUUGCAUGCUACAACCUCGGGGCUAUCUCGAGUAUUCCGCUCGUUGCUCUCGUUUCAGAUCAUCUUGGAAGGCGAAAGAGUAUCGUCCUUGGAUCUACUAUCAUGAUCAUCGGAGCAGUUAUGCAGGGCCUGUCACAAAACCUUCCGAUGUUUAUCUUCAGUAGAAUCUUUUUAGGUCACGGUAUCGUUUACGCUAUCAUAUCCGGUGCCGCCCUUCUUGGCGAGUUAGGUCAUCCCAAAGAACGUCAGUUCUUGGGAAGUCUUUUCAACGCAUUCUUUGGAGUAGGCUCCGUACUUGGUGCUGGUAUAGUCGUACGUACGCUCCUCAUUCCGAGCGACUGGUCUUGGCGCCUUCCCUCCAUCCUUCAAGCUGUUCCAUCUGUCAUUCAGGUUGUGUUCGCUUUUACAGUACCAGAAAGUCCCCGAUGGCUCGUCUCGAAAGACCGCAGUGAAGAAGCUCUCGAGAUAUUGAUCAAGUAUCAUGCAGAGGGCGAUGCUUCCGCUGAGCUUCCUCACCUUGAAAUUGCCGAGAUUCGUAAAGCGUUGGAAUUGGAAAACGAGUCGCGACAACGUGGCUGGGCUGAACUCUUCCAAUCGAAAGGCAUGCGACAUCGCGCCCUUGUCGCCGCUGGACUUGGCGUCUUUGUCCAGUAUAGUGGUAACAAUCUCAUCAGCCAGUACCUUGUCCCUAUUCUGGAAAAGAUCGGUAUCGAAGACAGCCACACCCAAGUGCGCUACAACGUCGGCUCCGAAGCAUGGGGCUUCCUUAUGGCACUUGUCAUGGCGACCAUCACACCUCGAUAUCCACGACGCAGGAUGUACUUACUGUGUGCUAGCUGCUUGUUAUGCGUAUACACUGCUUGGACUAUCGCACAGGCCCGUAACCGAAUGACUGGAUCAAAAGAAACUGGCUACGCUGUGCUUGUCAUGAUCUUCCUCUACAAGCCCGCAUACAACAUCGCCUACAAUGCUCUCACCUACGUCUACAUGGUUGAGAUCUUCCCAUACUAUGUGCGUACCAAAGGCCUUUCGUGGUUCCAGCUCUUCAAUCGCUGCUCCGUCAUGCUGGGUUCCUUCACCAACCCUAUCGGACUCCAAGACCUUGACUGGAAGUUCCUCUUCGUGUAUAUUGCUUUGUUAUCUUGCGAGAUCGUCUUCAUCUACUUCUUGUUCCCGGAGACAUACGGAAAGACGUUGGAAGAACUCACGUUCCUGUUCGAAAGUGAGAAGGAAGACCGCGAGGCGCUCGCUGCAACCACCGCCAAGGUCAUGGGUCAAGAAGGCAACGUCACUGAGCUUCACGAGGCGCCGGAGAAGAAGGCUUAG